UGUCGUGACCCCGUCCCUCCCCACCAGGGUAAAUCAGUGAUCAGUGGAGGUCUCGAUGCCUUAGAGUUCAUCGGUAAGAGAACCAUGACGGUCCUGGCAGAGACUGACCCUGGUUUCAGGAAGACCAAGAUACUAAUGCAGAGGACUGUCUCACUCAGCCAGAUGCUGAAGGAUGCCAAAGAGAAGGAGAGGGCUCGUCUCAGCUGCCAGCCAAUCAGUGAGCCCACAGCUCACUACGGAAUCCUGUUUGAUGACUACCAGGGCCUAUCACACCUAGAGGCUCUGGAGAUACUGGCCAAUGAGAGUGAGGCUAAGGUUCAGUCGUUCCUGUCCUCCCUGGAAGAGGAGGAUCAGGAGGAGAUAAAGAAAGAACUGAUCGCCAUCAAGGACAUCUUCGUCAGCCACACGGGAGAGGAGGAGGAGGAGGGAGAGGGAGAGGAGAAGAAGGAGGGAGAGGAGAAGAAAGAGGGAGAGGAGACGGUGGAUAGGGGUGAUCCAAGUCCCCAGUGUUCUACUCCUCUGUCAGCUGAUGGGGAGGAGUUUGUGAGCGUCCUGACUGAGUUGCUGUUUGAGCUUCACGUCGCUGCCACCCCAGACAAACUGAACAAGGCCAGGAUGAGAGCGCAUGAUUGGGUGAGAGAGGUGGAGAAACCUGUCGUCGUCACAGAAACCAUCGGGGGGGCGACGGAGGAGGAGCAAAGGGGAGAACCUGAAACAAGAGAGGGAGAAGAAGAGAAGAAAGAGGGGGAGGAGCUGGAGGAGAAGAAAGAGGGGGAGGAGCUGGAGGAGAAGAAAGAGGGGGAGGAGAUAAAGGAGAAGAAAGAGGGGGAGGAGCUAAAGGAGAAGAAAGAGGGGGAGGAGCUAAAGGAGAAUGAGGAAGAGAGACGAUCCAGGUCUGUAGAGGCAGUGUACCUGUCUUCAGUGGGCUCCCUGGCGGAGGUGACAGCCCGCAGUAUCGAACAGCUCCACAAGGUGGCAGAGUUGAUCCUCCACGGACAGGACCUGGAGAAGCCUGCCAGAGUCCAGGCUCACAUUCUCACCAGGUUGACGUGUGCCAUGUGUCGGGAGGUGGGUUGUCUUGCCAGGAAGUUCUCUGAUACUCUGCUCACCGUUGGGGUUCAGAGAAAAGCAGAAGAGUUGAACCCUUUGGUUGACAGUGUGCUGCUUGAGGGUUCUAACAGCACCACAUACAUCCAGAACGCCUUCCAGCUCCUCCUCCCGGUUCUCCAGAUGUCACACAUCCAGACCCAGAGCUCUAGAACCCGCACGGAACCACAGCCCUAACCCUGUCGUAGCCACAGUAAAACACACCUCAUACUGCUGAAGUGCUGUUAGCAUACUAGCCAGUCCUAAUGAUGUAACUAUGUACAGGAAGAUAAUGUGAUAUAUAUAUAUAUAACAGUGAUAGUGAAGUCAACGACUAGGUUGCCAUAGUAACAUUUAUGUAGUAACUUAGUAUAGUUUCAUGUAGGGAACAACUUCUCAGAUUGAAGAGCUUGUACUCAUGUCUAUUAAGCAUCUCCAAAUGGAUUAUUUUAUUAUAUAUAUAUAUUAAUCAUAUUUCUAUAUAUUACUGUUCAGAGGUAAAUCUAAACAUGAUUCAUGUCAACUGGCUAAUUUAACCCGGUGUAUCAGAUUGUCUUAUCGUUUUAAAAAGCGAAACCAAAAAAAAUAGUUUUGUUGUUAAGAGUUUGUUUUUAGUGUCACGUAAACCAGAUCAGAGUAAUGUGUUGUUUAACAGUGGCGUCCCUGAAGCAAAUUAGGGUUCAGUGCUUUUCUCAAAAAGACACAUCGACAUAAAUUAAAUAAAUAAAAAUUGUUGCUUUGUCAGCUCAGGUGUUCGAAUCAGAGACCUUUGGGUUCCUGGGCCCAACGCGCUAACCGCUAACCAACGCGCUAACCGCUAACCAACGCGCUAACCGCUAACCAACGCGCUAACCGCUAGGCUACAUGCCGCAGGUAUUGAUGUUCCCUGCUUAAUGAAGGGGUGUUUCUUUACGUCGCAGAACAACUAACCUUGUUUAAAUGUUAGAACAACGAACCUUGUUUAAAUGUUAGAACAACGAACCUUGUUUAAAUGUUAGAACAACGAACCUUGUUUAAAUGUUAGAACAACGAACCUUGUUUAAAUGGUAGAACAACUAGCCUUGAUAUUAACGGACAAAGACAAAAAAGGACCAGAACUAUAAUGUUCUAUAUUUCUAUUUCUAUGUGUGUAUUUGUUUUUAGGUCCACUGGUUUAUUUAAGUCAUUGUUGGAUCAUUUAUUAAUUUGCUGCUAUGGUAACGGAGAUCACAAAAUACCAACAACGAAAAAUAAAAACACCUUUUUUAAACCUUUUAA